UCGUCGGUAUCUCAGCUAUUCGAAUUUAACAUAUUUUUUAUAAAAAAUAAUAAUUUAAACUUUGACCGAGUGACUAAAAUGUGAAGUUAAUUUCGUGAAGUGAAUUUUUAAAAAAUAUUUAUUUUCGAAAAUAAUAAAAUACUUUUUUGGUGAAGAAUAGAUUUUUUGAAAAAUGUCAGAUGCUAUUGCCAAGUUGCCUUUAAAUAAUAUUAAUGGCAAUAAUACAUCGAAAAUAAUAUCACCUAAAGAGCGCGACGUCGAGAGGGGAGAACCGACAUCGAAAGGAGGCGAUAACUCCCGCAGAUCGACGAACGGUUCAGUGGACGUGGGAUCGGCAGCCGCGCAACCUGGUGUCACCACUCUCAGUGGUUCCUCAUCGACACAGAGUACCACCGCGAGUGCUGGUUCAAGUACUUGCCGCGCAAUUGCCCGGACCUUCCGGCAAAUCGUCUUAGCGAUGCUCUUGCUGGGACUACUCGGGGGACUCGUCGCCCUCGUCUGGAUCUACAUGGGCCCUAUUUUCGUCCUACAACUUAUUCUAGUCGUAAUCACCGCGUACUUUGUGUCCGGUGGACGACUUAGGUGGUUCUACGUAGCCUUCAAAACAGCUCCUAGAGAUAUCAAAGCUCUAAUCAGAUUUAUUCGACUGAUGUGGUCGAUAAAAUGUCACGAGAAAAAAAAUCGUAGUGUUGCUGAUGUCUUUCAAGGGUAUGUUGCUAAACAUCCCAAUAAAUGUUGUUUUGUGUUUGAAGAUCGCGAAUGGACUUACCAAGAGAUAGAAGACUUGAGCAAUAAAGUCGCUUACGUUUUCAAAAGUCAUGGCUACAGAAAAGGCGACGCAGUUGCUCUCCUAAUGGAAAAUAGACCAGAGUACGUCGCUAUUUGGUUGGGUCUGAGUAAACUUGGUAUCAUGAUACCGUUAAUAAAUACAAAUUUAAGAAAAACGUCAUUACUCCAUUGUAUCAACGUCGCGCGCUGCCAAGCGCUUAUUUUUUCAGAUGAAUUAUCUGAAUCUGUAAGUGAAAUAGCAUCGUCAUUAGAUGCCAAAAUAGCUCUAUAUAAAUUUGACGGUAAACCGAAUACAAAUUCAUCAGGACUUAAAGAAAAAGAUUUGUCAGUACUGUUAGAAGAUGCAUCGUCAUCACCGCUGGUAUUGCAAGAGAAAGGAACAUAUGAAGAUAAAUUAAUGUAUAUAUACACAAGUGGUACUACUGGUUUACCUAAAGCUGCUGUAAUUACUAAUUACAAAUUCAUGUUCAUAGUGGGUGCUAUGUAUCACAUGGCAUUAUUUAAAAGUUCUGACCGAUUCUAUACGCCUUUACCGUUAUAUCAUACUGCCGGAGGAAUUGUUGCUGUUGGUCAAGUUUUGUUACACGGCGCAACUUGUGUUAUUAGAAAAAAAUUUUCGGCUAGUGCUUACUUUGAUGAUUGUCGUAAAUAUAAUUGUACGGUAGCUCAGUACAUCGGCGAAAUGUGUCGUUACAUUCUCGCCGCUCCACCAAAACCCGAAGACAAGCAACACAAAGUACGGGCGAUUUUUGGCAAUGGACUGAGACCGCAAAUUUGGAGUGAAUUUGUCGAGAGAUUUAAUAUAAAACAAGUUGCUGAAUUUUAUGGAGCCACUGAGAGCAAUGCCAACAUAACAAAUGUAGACAACAAAGUCGGAGCAAUUGGUUUUGUAUCGCGAAUUAUACCAGCAGUUUACCCGAUUUCAAUAAUAAAAGUAAAUGCUGAUGGCGAACCAAUCAGAGAUGAAAAAGGGCUUUGUCAAGAAUGCAAACCGAAUGAACCGGGUGUAUUUAUAGGAAAGAUAAUACCAAAUAAUCCACAUCGAGCGUUUCUGGGAUACGUUGACGAGAAAGCGUCUGAGAGAAAAGUAAUACAUGACGUAUUCAAAAAAGGCGACUCGGCUUUUCAUUCCGGUGACAUUGUCGUGGCCGACGAAUUCGGUUAUCUAUAUUUCAAAGACAGGACCGGAGACACGUUCAGAUGGAAAGGUGAAAAUGUAUCGACGUCUGAGGUCGAAGCUAUUCUAAGUAAUCUCACUGAUUAUCGUGACUGCGUCGUUUAUGGAGUUGAGGUUACUGGCGCAGAAGGCAGAGCCGGGAUGGCUGCUAUUUUUGAUGAAAAUGAAACAUUAGAUAUUAAUGAACUAUAUAAAAAUAUUAAGGAAAAUUUACCUUCGUACGCAAGACCGCAGUUUAUACGAAUUUUAACUAAAAUAGAUCUUACAGGAACAUUUAAAUUAAAGAAAAAAGAUUUACAAGAAGAAGCUUACAAUCCAAGAAAAGUAAACGACAAAUUAUAUUACUUAGACGCUAAAACAGGAUACCAAUUAAUAACACCCGAAGUUUACGAUCAAAUACUACAGGGAAAAAUACGUUUUUAAAAAAAAUAAACAAACAAGUGUACAAGUUUCGAGAAAUAACAAAGUAACUAAAAGAAUGUCAGCAAUGAGUAGUUAAUUAAUCGUAACGAUUAUGCAACACAUGCUCACGAACAUUGAGAGAAACUUAAAUUAAAUCUCUUUAAUAAAAUUAUUUUUUGUAAAUAUAUUAAGAGGAAUAUUAAAAUAAUCAUUAUUAAAGAAAUUGAUGAUUAAUUUAUAUUUAAAUAUCAUGAGGGGUGUAGAUGGUGAUACUUAGAAAAAAUAACUCCGAAGGUAAUUAAAUUAAAAUACAAAAAAGAAGAAUGAUCUGAUCAAAAAAUGACUGCCAGUAUUUGGAAAAAUAAGCAGAAGAAUAAAAUGAAUAUUUUUUGGUAAUCGCACAAAACUCUUUCGAGAAUAUUUCUUAAAAGUAAUAUUAUUUAAAGUAUAUAAUUAAUGCGUUAAUUAAUUUAUAACAGCAUCA